CAACGUAACCCUAGAUACAAUAGUUUGUCACUCCACUUUUCUCCGUCGUCUCUCCACUACGCGGCGGCGGCCGGCGAGCUCCGCCCCUCCGCGCUCUCCCUUACGGCGGCCGGGGACGGGCUUCUCCUCCUCUCUCUCUCUCUCUCUCUCUCUCUCUCCUCCCGCCGCCUGCGCUGAUCUCACGCGAGCAGGGGCACUCUUGUCCUUCAUCCUCACCGCCGGAAGAAGCAUCAUGCCUAAGAUAAAAACAAGUGGUGUGAAGUAUCCAGAUGGGUGGGAGCUUAUAGAACCCACCCUCUCAGAACUUCAGUCCAAGAUGAGAGAAGCUGAAAAUGAUCCACACGAUGGCAAGAGGAAGUGCGAGGCACUGUGGCCCAUUUUCAAGAUCAAUCACCAGAGGAGCCGAUAUCUGUAUGACCUUUACUACAACAGGAAGGAGAUAUCCCAGGAGCUGUAUGAGUUCUGCCUUGACCAGGGCCAUGCUGACCGUAACCUCAUUGCCAAAUGGAAGAAGCAAGGCUACGAACGUCUCUGCUGCCUGCGCUGUAUUCAGACACGAGACCACAACUUUGCGACCACCUGUGUGUGUAGGGUUCCUAGGCAUCUAAGGGAAGAGCAGGUCAUAGAGUGUGUCCACUGUGGUUGCAAAGGCUGUGCUAGUGGUGACUAAGUAGCACUAUUGGGAUUACUUUUCAAGCUACAUCAGGAUGGUGAAUGUAAACUGAAUAGCUGAUGUAGUGAUAUCUCUGAUGUACUUGGAAAGAGAGUAGACCGAAUGUACUCGCAAGAUAAUGCAUGUGGUAAUGUGAAAAAAAACUCGAGUUCUUACCACGUUUAACUUAUUUCAGUUCCUCCCCUUUCAGAUUGUUGAUAAUCUCACCAGCUUACUAUUAGAUUGCUA